AUGUCAGUGAAGUACGUGGUGGGUCUUCAGAAGUGCCUUCAACAGUCAGGGUUGCUGACUGACGACCAGGUCCAGUGCGCGUCGGACAUUGACAUGAGGGCGAAGAGCUUGUUCGAGCCGAAAUAUGGUGGCCGCUACGAGACCUUCCAGGAGCGCCCCUUGAGGGAUGUGAUCUUGAUGUACGCGGCCCAUGACUCAAGGUACAUGCUCGAUCUCUACAACUUCUACAUCAGCAAGCUACCGACGGAGUGGCAGCCACGGGUCUUUGCGGGUAGCGCUGAGAGGGCGAGUUGGUUUAAGCAGGAGUACAAGCGUCCGGGCACUGAUGCCCCAGAUUUCUAG